GUUGAUCAUCAAAUUCUUCCGCGCUAAACGGUAGAGCAUCGCCCAGCCUUCUUUUGCUUAUCUUACAUUGUGCCUCUCGCCUUCACUCCUUACAUUCGUGUUGGUGUGUACAUCAACGUACACGCUCUAUCCCUCGUCGAGGUUUUCGUCUUGUCACUCUCUCCUCUCCUUACUACUCCCGUUCCUUCAACCCCCGUCGCUUCAAGCUGCUGCGACUUCGUCCUUCUGCACCGGUGCACCGUGCAUUCCGGCGCAUUCACCCUGCUCUCCCUUCGUCCACCUUCUCCCCCGCCACUCCCCUCGUCGAAGCUCACCGCUCCACUCUUUCACUGCAGCGCCGCGCAUACCUGGCAGCGAGUCGUGCACGGCGCCUCCCUUACACCCGCGUCGCCGCUACGAUGGCGAGCACCGCGAAGGUCGUUGCCGGGCUGAACGGCGAGCACCCGGUGAAGCGGGACCGCCACCCGGUCUGGUACCCGCCCACGCAGGUAGACGGCAAAGGACUGAAGGUGGCGAACUCGCUGACGGAGACAGUCGAGGACUUCGCGCCGCUUGAUGGCCGGCUUGUGCGCUGGUACACCUGCGGUCCGACGGUGUACGACCUCUCCCACAUGGGCCACGCCCGCGCCUACCUGACCUUCGACAUCCUCCGCCGCAUCAUGGAGGACUACUUCGGCUACUCCGUCAUUUACCAAAUGAACAUUACGGACAUCGAUGACAAAAUCAUUAAGCGCGCGCGCGUGAAUAAACUGCUGGACGACUUCAAGGCAGGCGAGCUGCACGACGGCGACCUGGCGAAGCUGAAGGCCUUCACAACCGAGGCGGUGGCGGCAGCGGAGGCGAGCCUGGCGAAGCGCAAGGCGAAGCUGGCGGAGCCGAUCCCGGAGAACGCGAACAGCCGCGCCAAAACGGACCGUGAUGAGAAGCUGAUGGAGGCGGAGCUGAAGACGGCGCAGCUGGCCGAGACGAGGGAGAAGAUCGCGGCCGCCAAGGACGACUUCGAGGCCCUCUUCGCCGCCGCCAGCAGCGUGAACGGCGACCUGCUGGACGAGCAGAAGGGUGACAGCAUCUGCGAUCAGCAAAUCUUCGAGGACCACGCCCGCAAGUACGAACGGGCCUUCUUCGACGACAUGCAGCGUCUCGGCAUUCGCGAGCCGGACAUCGUGACGCGGGUGACGGAGUAUGUGCCGCAGGUGGUGGAGUUUGUGCAGACGAUCAUCGACAACGGCUUUGCCUACCAGGGGGAGUCCUCCGUCUUCUUCGACACGGAGGCGUACAUCAAGGCCGGCCACGACUACCCGAAGCUGAAGCCCGGCGGUGACCGCAACACCACCGAGGACGAGAUGGCCGAGGGAGAGGGGGCGCUGUCGAAGGGCGUGGAGGGCGAGAAGCGCAGCCCGAACGACUUUGCGCUGUGGAAGUUCUCGAAGCCCGGCGAGCCGCGCUGGCCGUCGCCGUGGGGCGAGGGACGCCCCGGCUGGCACAUCGAGUGCUCCGUCAUGGCCUCCGACAUCCUCGGCGCGAACAUGGACAUCCACAGCGGCGGCUGGGAUCUGAAGUUUCCCCACCACGACAACGAGUGCGCGCAGAGCGAGGCGUGCAACCUGCACAGCCAGUGGGUGAACUACUUCCUGCACUGCGGGCACCUGCACAUCAAGGGUCUGAAGAUGAGCAAGAGCCUGAAGAACUUCAUUACGAUCCGCCAAGCCCUCGACGACCUUGGCGUGACGCCGCGCACGAUGCGGCUGCUGUUCCUCGCCAACCCGUGGAACAAGCCGAUGAACUUCUCCGACCAGUCGCUCGACGAGGCGAAGGAGAAGGAGCGGGUGCUGCGUGCCUUCUUCGGCAGCAUCGAUAUCGUUUUGCGCGGGGACGCGUGGGCGUUGCCGCAGGGCGCCAACACGCAAGACCGCGAGCUGCUGAACCGCUGGGUGGAGGUGGAAGGGGCGGUGCACGCCGCGUUGCAAGACAACUUCGACACCGUGACGGCGCUGCAGCAGCUGAUGAGCUUGGUGGCGGCCACGAAUCAGUACCUCCUCUCCGGCGAGCGGCCGAGCGCGACGCUGCUGCGAAAGGUAGGCCGCUACAUCACGAAGAUGUUCCGCGUCUUCGGCGUGGUGGAAGGCUCCGAUGACGUCGGUCUGCAGCAGCAGUCCACCGGCGACGGCGAGGCACGCGUAAUCGCGGUGGUGGACACCCUCGUCCGCUUCCGCGAUGCGGUGCGUGAGGCCGCGAAGGCAGAGAAGGUGGUCCCGGUGUUCCUGCCUCUGUGUGACAAGGUGCGCGAUGAGUGGCUCGUCGAUGCGGGGGUGCGGCUGGAGGACAGCCCAGCCGGCCCGACCACGUGGAAGAACGAUGAGCCGGCGCUGCUGCGCAAGGAGCUGCAGGAACGGCGGGAGCAGCAGGAGGGGGACCGCAAAAAGAAGCUGGCGAACCAAGUCGAGACGAAGCGGAAGCUCGUAGAGAAGUGGGCGCUGUUCAGCUACCCGCCUUCCGAGUACUUCCGCCGCCAGGAUGAACAGCGCGGGGCGGAGCGGAAGUACGCGGUGUUCGACCCGAGCACCGGCAUGCCCACCACGACAGUCGCGGGGGAGGAGGUGGGUGAGAAGGAGGUCAAGAAGCUCAGCAAGGAGGUGGCCAAGUACGCCAAGUCGUACGACGAGUACGUGAGCAAAGGGGGCGAGUCGUGGCUGAAGGAACAACAGGCGGAGCUGACCCGCAUGAUGGCGGAGCUGCAGGGACCCAAGUAA